CGGGUUGCUGGACUGGUGCCGCUCUUAGAGAUGGUAACCCACCUGGCACUCAACGUGGCCACGACGGGUUCCUGCUUCAUGUCACCUUCUAACAGAAUGGCGGGCACAUAAAAUGGGCAGUAGUUUAGCGCUUGUCACUUACGGCUCAAUUCUUAACUCUAAUGGGGUCUCCUGGUGUGGAGUUGGCACGUUUUUAUCUGCGCCUCAGAAGAUUUUCUUCACGUCCCCUGGGGCCGGUGGUGUCCCUUUUCGAUUUGGUUUCUGUUUCUCGCUCAUCCAGUGACACCGUAAAGGGGAAAAGAAAAAUGGAUUGAGGAAAAGGCUUCAAAAAUAGCUGAAUGGACGGAGCUGCCAUGGGCUGAUAUUUACGUCUCUUGCUUUGUUCUCCUCUGCCACCCUUGCCCCGUAGGCACAGAGGCUCCGAAUGCCCACACGCCUUUGUUUCAGAUCCCAAGUUGAAUAGUGAAGCUUCUUCCCCAGCGAGGCGAGGAAAUGAAGGUGAGAGCAGCUUGAACUGGUUUGCCUCUCCUUGAAGGCCGCUUUUAGCCUCUGCAAUCCUGUAACAGGAUUUCAGGCUGUUAAUGCAGCUCUCCCCGCCACAGGACUCGAGUUUUUUGGUCAGUUUGUGUAGGAGAGAGGAGUGCGUGAGCGAAACGCAGAUUGGAUGUGAGAAAAGGUGCUGGCGGGCGGAUUGAAAAAGAGACGAGCAAAAAAUAAAUUGAAAAACGGACUCAAAAAGGUGCAGGCCAGGGAAGAGGGCGAGAGUAGCCGUGCCAUCUGAAGGAUAAGGAAUUGACCUAAAACUGAGCCCUCUUUGGCUCCCUGUGUGAGUGGUCUUAAGAACUGAAAACUGCAUGGGGUGGGACAGGUGGGCCUUGCAGCACCGUCUCUGAACUCCUGCUCAGGAUGAACAGUAACAGCCAGGCAGAGCCUUCGGAGGAAAAGGAGGACCCCGAGGAGGUUCUGGACAUUGGCGAGUCUCUCACGGUGCCCGAUGAAUUCUCGGAGAAGGAGAAGCGCACGGGCAUGUGGUGGAAGCAGCUGGUGGCAGGUGGCGUGGCAGGAGCCGUGUCCCGUACCGGCACGGCGCCGCUGGACCGACUGAAAGUCUUCAUGCAGGUGCAAGCACACAAACACCACAGCUACAAUGUCUUGAAGGGCCUGCGAGGAAUGGUGCACGAAGGGGGCUUCCGCUCUCUCUGGCGUGGAAACGGAAUCAACGUGCUGAAGAUUGCCCCCGAGUCGGCCAUCAAGUUCAUGGCUUAUGAGCAGAUCAAGAGGGCUAUACGGGGUAACGAAGGUACCCUACAAGUGCAUGAGCGGUUUGUUGCGGGGUCUUUAGCUGGGGCCACAGCGCAGACUACUAUUUACCCCAUGGAGGUCCUGAAGACGCGCCUGACUUUGAGGAAGACUGGUCAGUACACGGGCGUGGCAGACUGCGCUCGUCAGAUCCUGCGCAAGGAGGGCAUUCGAGCCUUUUAUAAGGGCUAUGUUCCCAACAUGCUGGGCAUCAUUCCAUAUGCUGGCAUAGAUCUGGCCGUCUAUGAGACUCUGAAGAACACGUGGCUCCAGAAUUACAGCCAGACGUCUCCGGACCCCGGGGUUUUGGUUCUUCUGGCCUGUGGAACGGCAUCCAGCACUUGUGGACAACUGGCCAGCUACCCGCUUGCUCUCGUCCGGACCCGAAUGCAGGCACAAGCUUCACUGGAGGGAGAGCCGCAACUCAGUAUGGUGGGCCUGUUCCGGCAGAUCGUAUCGCGGGAAGGAGUGUUUGGCUUGUAUCGAGGCAUCGCGCCCAACUUUAUGAAGGUGAUCCCGGCCGUCAGCAUCAGCUAUGUGGUGUAUGAAAAUAUGAAGCUGGCCUUGGGAGUCGUGUCAAAGUGAGAGUGUUAACAACGGUGGUCCCAGUCUUCAUCCCCGUUGGGCACUGGACAAGGACCGGGCAGAUCCUGCAGGGAAUCGGCUUCAGUGUUCAGAUUGUCUCCCCAUCCGUUGAGCCAAGCAGGAUCCACAAGAGGUGGAAUGAAAGGUGUGCCGUCCGCUAGUGACAGCGUGGCAUUUCUGCACAUGUACUGAAACAUCUGCAGAUGGCAAGCCAUCUCAGAACCUCGUUUUGCUCUCGGCAAUAAUAUCAAAUAUUCGGUUUUAUUAUUUUUAAACAAGCAUAUGCACCUUGAAAGCCACUCGUCGCCCCCAUCAUUUCCUGGGCCCGAUUUCCUUGCCACACAAAUUAUUUAUUAGAAGAUUUUAAACCCGGGCAGCAUGCUGGCAUAGUGGUUGGCACUUGCACUUUGUUCUGGGUUCAGUUCCAACUGUCUUUGUUUUUUUCGGUUCUUGUCACAUCCCAAAGACGCGCCAACUGGAAGAACUGGUAACUCUAACCUGGCCCAGUUAGUAAGCGUGGUGGUGGUUUACCGUUCGUAGGCCCUGUUGUAGAUUUCGACUCCUGUCCCAGGGUUGGUCCUCCUGCCUUGUGCCCAGUUCUGCUGGGAUUGUCUAGGGCUCGGGUAAUGGAAUUAAGAGAAGAUGAAUGGAUGGAAACUUCAAGGGGUGCGAUGUCUGGGUGGCAUCUCACUGCCGGCAGAUGCCCGGGCUUCAAACGCGGUCAAGUCAAUGCAUGGCAUUUGUGUUUUCUCCACCUGAGAGUGACUGGUGACUUCAAAAUUGGCCCAGUGUGCGUGCCCUGGCAUCCCACUUGGGGUUUGUCCCACCAGGGACUUCCAGCUCCUUAUGACCCACUAAUGGAUGGACACUGAAACGUGAGGAAUACUUGAUGCCUACUCUGGCAUGAAUGUGAAAGGACUUCACCUACAAAGCACUGCCAGCUUUUAAUGCCCAGGGUGUUUCCUAUCAGGGACUAAACUGAACACCUGAUUUAUUUUUCUUUCCGAAAACUUGGGGUCCACCGCACUCCUUCUUCCUCUUUCUACUCAUACACCACCACAGCAUGAUUAGACCUCGGGCUUCAGGGGGUUUGAAGUCAAAUGACUUGAAGAUGCAAAUUUUUUUGAUUUGGGUUUCCUGCCCAACUCCAAACGUUCAUUAGACGAGCCAAGUGCCUCCCGCUACCGACGUGGUGGUCGUCGAUGUCCGCUAUUAAUGUCCCAAAACUAAAAGAAGAAGAAGGAAGUGUCAGGUGGGCAGCCAAGGUACGUGUACAGCUCAGCUGCAUGCGUUUGCACAAACUCUUUGAGUGUGUCUGGAGAUCCUUGAACGUGCGGACCACCUGCUCUAUAGAAUGAACAAGAAACUUCCAGAAAAGAAACAGGAGAGAAUCCAUGUCAAAAAACCAAAAUGGAAGUGAUGACGUCCUCUGGCCUCCCCGAUACCCCAUCUUGUCACCAGGAAAGCACCAUUAGUGGAAAACGUGGCAUGGGACUCAAGUGUCACCGUCGUAUCUCCGGUUCACCGGUUGCCCAAGACCCCUAGUUAGUUGUGGAUAGGAAGCUUAUGAGGCUUGAAGAGGUCACCGUUACUUAAAAGCGAGCGCCGCUAAAGCGUUAGGAGCUGACCGGUGACGGCCAACCUGGGAGAGGCGAAUGUGGCGAUGAGGACCUGCCAAAAAAUGGUGAACGUGAAACGAUGAGGAUGCUGAGGGAUGGCAUGUCGAAGAUACCAAAAAAAAAAAAUGCACCCACAAACUUGUACAGUCAGUGCGGGGGUCCGCGGACAGACAAAGUGACGUGCAAUUAAAUUACCCCAAAGUCAGGACAAAUUAUUUUACUGGUCCAGAA